UCGGAGGUAAAAAGUAAAAAGAAAGAAAGAAAGAAAGCAAAUCAGAGGGGAUGAUAUCGUCUUGGUGAAACUAAUUUUACCAAUUGCAAAGCCGUUAAACAAUUAACACGUGAUUAAUUCUUGAGCUGUAGAAGCAGAAGAUAAUGGCGAUGCGGAGAAGAGCUUCUUCUGCCAUAAUUCUUUCCAUUGCUCAGUCUCAGGAAGCAGCGGCUUCAGUAGGUACUACUGCUACUGCUAGGUGUACUACUAUUGCUUCAUUUCUCUCUGCAUUCCCAAACCCUAAACCCCAAUUAGCUUUUUAUUCUGCUAUUAGUGGCAAAGUUGAGAGUUCUUCUGGAAAAGCUCUGAAAUUUCAACCGGGAUUGAGGAAUGAUAUUAAUAAUGUCGACAGUCUUCAUGAUGCUCUGAGCUUGUACCGGCAUAUGGUCCGGAUGAGGCCUCUGCCUUGUGUUAUUCAGUUCAAUCAAUUGCUGAACCGUAUUGUUAAGAUGAAGAAUCAUUAUGUAUCUGCUAUUUCCCUUUUUAGAGAUAUGUGUGUCAAGGGCAUUCCUGCUGAUGAGGCCACCCUCAGUGUUGUGAUUAAUUGUUACUGCCUCCUGGGUCGAGUGGAUUUGGGGUUUACUGUGUUGGCUGCUUUCAUGAAGCGUGGUCUUGUCCCUAAUGUGGUCACCUUUAGUACUCUACUCAAAGGACUCUUUCGAGAAUAUAGGGUCCCCCAGGGACAGGAAUUGUUUAAGAAGAUAAUAUUCGAAAAACUUUGCGAGCCCAAUGAAGUUAUGUUUCUGAUUGUGAUAGAUGGGCUUUGUAAGGUAGGGAACAUUCAAACGGCCAUUGAAUUCCUAAGAGUCAUGGAAAAAAGAAGAAGAUGUAAGCCCAACGUUAAUGUGUACAGUACAAUCAUUGACAGCUUGUGCAAGGAUAAAAUGGUUGAUGAAGCUCUUGCCCUCUUGCAGGAGAUGAUUGAAAAGGGCAUUCCCCCAAAUGUUGUCACUUACAGUUGUUUGAUUCAAGGUCUGUGCAACUUAAGCAGAUGGGAGGAUGUUCGCAAGAUCUUUUCUGAGAUGAAGGUUUAUAAAAUUAUUCCAAAUGUUAUUACUUUCACUAUAGUGGUGGAUGCACUGUGUAAGGAAGGGCAUAUAGAAGAUGCUGAAGAUGUAGUCCAGAUCUUGAUCCAGCAAGGUCAAAAUCCCAAUCUAGUCACAUACUGUUCCUUAAUGGAUGGGUACUGUUUACAGAGGCGAAUAGAUGACGCAAGGAGAGUUUUCAAUACCAUGAUUGCUAGCGGCCUUACACCUGAUCUCCAUAGCUAUGGUAUUCUGAUAAAUGCCUAUUUCAAGAGCAAGAAAGCGGAAGCAGCCAUAAAUCUCUUUCGAGAGAUUCAGCAUAAAGGUUUAACACCUAAUAUUGUUGUUUAUACCACUGUCUUGCAGGGGUUAUUUAGUUCAGGAAGGUAUCUUAGUGCACGAGAAAUUUUCAACGAGAUGCAAGCUUCUGGCAUGAAGCCUGAUUUUCAUACUUACUGUGUGGUGUUGGAUGGAUUAUGCAAGACUGGACAUGUCGACGAAGCAUUGCAGUUAUUCCAUGCAAUGGAAGCUGAUGGAACAAAUUUUCACAUUGGAAUGUACAAUAUCAUGCUUGAUGGGUUGUGCAAAAGCAGGAGGCUCGAUAGUGCUCGAGAACUUUUCAACAAUCUCUCCCUUAAAGGAUUGGAUCUUGAUGUUAGAACAUACAACACCAUGAUUGCUGGUCUGCUUUCAGAAGGUCUGCUCAUCGAAGCCAAAGAGCUUGUUAAAAAGAUGGAGGGGAAGGGUUGCCUGCCAAAUGAUUUUACAUACAAUGUUAUACUACGAGGACUCCUUAAGGGAGGUCAUUAUGAUGAUGCGAUGGUCUAUCAUGAAGAAAUGGUUCAUAGAGGAUUCUCGCUGGAUGCACAUACCUUUUCCAUUUUACUUGAUUUAUCUGCUGAGAAUCAGAACAAUCCUUCUGUGCUAAUGUUGAUGCUGAAGAUUGAUCCCGAUAGCAAGAAGUUCAUAGAUGGGGAACGAAGAGGACCUUCACAUUAGUUGCAACAUGUUAGUCCUGCCAUUUAUUUUGGCCUUUGAACUUUAAUUUGCUGGAACUAACAUUAUUUAGGUUCGAAUUGGAUCCUGUUGUCACUUAUCAUCUUUGAUGCAACUGAGCCUUAGAGGAGAUCUCUUGGUCAUAUUUUGUGAAACACCUCCAAGGUCUUUAGUUUGGUGGAGAAGCUGCAUUGCUUAGGGAAGUUCAAUUGACAAGUGUGGCAGAUCAAAGAAAUCUGCUGCUGUUAAUUGGACUUGUACCACUUCUUCUAAGAGACUUCUUGUUGAUCUUUCCAUGGAGAACCUCAGUGUGGCAUAUCACUUAAAUGGUUUUUAUUGCACAGCUGCUAUUGGGGCACCAUCUGCAAUAAAACUAAGAAAAAGAAAUAAGUCGUACUGGCACAUCAGAAUGGGGAGGAGUGGAAUUUGUAUUGCAGAGUGUGAAGAUUUGACGUCAGCUCAGACUUGAUAGAGACAAUUUAUUAGUGGCAAACAUUGAAUGACAAGUCUUGCGUUGAAGUUUUAUGUAAGAGAUCUGUUUUACAACGGUUCAAUUCAUGUUCAGUAACUGUCCUGUGGACAACUUACUUAUCUUUUCUAAUGGCCUUUAGAGGAGGAUUCCCAAUUUUGUGCAGCAACAUCCAAAUUGUUAGACGCAAAAACUAAUCUUUGUUUCUGAAUGCCGGAAAGAAGUUUGUGAUAAAAGUUUUCUGUAAAUGGGAUUUUUGUAGUAGCAUCUAUUCUGUGUGGCUGGUUCAGUUUGUGAAGAAUUUCGUCACAAUAUUCAUUCUUACGGUAUGCAGUAAAUUUGAAUUAUUUGCUGGAAAGAUACUCAGCAUAGAAUGGAAAUAGUGAAUGUGUAUCUUGAAUACCAGUAACCAUUAUUUGUUUGUCAUAAAAUUGUUUGACAAGGUAUUAUUGGUCACUGAGGUGGAAUUGAGAGAUAUUUGUUGUUUUUGCUAGUAAUGAUUGGGCAUGAUCUGGAGUGAUAUGAAUGACCUUUCAGUAAUUGUAAAGUAUCUAUUUGCUCCUGUUAUAGACCUCAAACCUGGAGAAAAAGGCCUGGACUGACCUACUAGAAAAGAAUUUCUUUUGAUACAGCGCAUGGCCUGGAGUACCUGCAUGAGCAUUGCAAUGGUAAAAUUGUUCACCCUGAUUUAAAGCCCGGAAACAUCCAUCUGGAUGAAACUUGGAAGAUUUCUUCGGUGGAUACAAAAUUACCAGAUUGCAAGUUGAGUCCAGGGAACUAUGGGACACAUUGCCCCUGAAUAAUUGUAUGUUCCUGCUGUGGUCUUAUCGGUGCAUUAAUGAAAUGGGUAAAUACGUUGAUUAGUGGUGUUGGAAUAUUUGAACUAGCUUAAUUGAUCUCUUUAUUUAGCUUUUUUGUCAAAGUUUACGAUGUUGUCAAAGUGUUAUCAGUAAUCUUGAGUGAUUGCAAUUUGCAAACUAAUCUUUGUCUUUGGAAGACUUCGUUUAUUCGUUAGUCGAUUAGUAGGUCUUGGUUACUGAGUUGGUUGCCUCUAGUUCCAGUUCUAAUUAAAUUGGAAAGUUUCUUGUAGUGUUUGAGUCGGUUGUCUUACUGUAGUAGAUGCUUAUAUCUAGUGGGGCUGCUGCAAUUUUGUCUACACAAGAUAGAGCCUUCAUGGCACCCACCAAGUUGCAUCUGAAGGAAACCCCAAUCUAGAUGAACUUUGGUCUAACAUCCAAUCCACAGCCUGCUUUAAGUUGAAAGACAUUUGUCCUGAGAUACCGGUCCAAGGCAUUUGUGAAUUGGAUUGUAUUUGGUUGGUUGUUGGAUCAUGUUCAUCUAAAUCUGAGCUGGAAUGGAAUUGCAAUGCUUUUUUGAAGAA